CAUAUCCCUAGUAUGGCUCGGUUCUUUUGCAUGUAGAGGAGUUAUAAAACUAUGUGAAAAUUGUAAAUUUUACGGGGAAAACAAUAAAAUAAUUUAAUAAAAAUAAGUUUUAUUUGUAAAACAACACAAAAUGAUAUAGAGCGAAAACAUUUUUAUAGUUAAUACAUCUUCUACCGGACUACUAGGAAGAGAAGAACGUUUCUUGUCCAGCUUCCCCUUUUAUCGUUUAUAUACACAGGAAAAAAAUCAUUGAUAUAGAACAAACUUCAUUCCCAAAAUGUCCCAAAGGCCCGCAUCACGUAUAGAUCGCUUCGCUCAGAUGAGCAAACAGGAGGAGCUGAUCGCAAAGAAACGACAAGAGAUAUUGGAAAAGCAACGCACGGCUGAGUUGGCGAAAAAAGUUGUGGCCCAACAAUUGGCGAAUAAAUUGAAAAAUGAUAUCGAAGCCGAGAAGGAGGUGGAAAAGAAAUCUUCUGAUGUUAGUGAGGAUGAAGUAAAGACAGAAACAUCGUCAGCGGCGUCAACAACGGCGGUAACGUCGUCAACGGCUGCUGCUGCAUCUGCCCCGAAAACUAGUGUAACCAGCAAACUGACUGGCAAAAUGUAUGGCGGUGGUCAAAAACGUUCCUCAAUAGCCAUACCAAAUGCUGAGCAACCCCAACCAAAAAUACAAAACAGCUUUUGUAAUGAUGGCUCAUUUUUGGAGAACUUUAAAAAGAUUCUGGAGAAGCAACAACAGCAGCAACCCAAACCAUUUGUACAAGUGACUGAAGCGGAGGGUGAAGCAAAUUCCUCCACUGCUGCCACAAAUCAAGCCACAGGUCAAGGUGCCACACUUCCACCUCAUUUACAACAACAACAGCAGCAGCAGCAACAACCUCCACCACAGCAACAGCAACCAGUACCACCACAUCCAUCUGCUAUGCCACCAACAUCACAGCCAAUGCAAUUUCAAUUUAAUCCUGCUUUGCUAGCUGCUCAAAAUCAUCUGCUUUUGCAAGAUCCCAACUCAUCACCCGUUCCCCCAAUGCCAAUGCCACCACAUUCGGCAGCUGCUUAUUUUAAUGCUGCCGUUUCGGGUGCACCACAAUUUGUACCCCCACCACCGCCCGCAACCACAGUGGCUGCAGCAAUGUUAAUGCCCAUGCCAGGUGUAACAGUGGCACCACCGCCACCUCCUCCUCCACCACAACUACCACUUAGCUUGGCAUCGCUCACACCAUUGUAUAUGAUACCAGCUCCAGAGCCAUUACAGCUGAAUACAAUUCCACAGCCGAAAGAAUUUGAUUUGAAUGCCAUACCAAAGCCUCAACUGAAUUUAGAAGCAAUACAGAUGCCGGCAAAUAAUGGACAAGAUCCAAAUUUGAAUGCAAGACCAGAUGGGGAACAUCAGCAGCAGCAAAUAAAUGAAACACAACAACAGCAACAUCAACAGUUGCAACAGCAGCAACAAGUAUCACAGCAAGAAAAUGAACAACAACAGCAACAUCAAGAGAAUCAAUACCAGCAACAACAGACGCAAAAUCAACAGCCUAUGCAAUUUCAACAGCAGCAGCAACAACAACAGCAAUCGCACAUUCAGUUUCAGCCCCAGCAGCAACAACAACAACAGUUACAAGAACAUCAGUCACAACAACAACAGCAGCGCCUGCAAAAUCAACCAGAUUUCCCACAAAAUUCUCAAGUAGUUUUUUCAGACAAUAACAACCCGCUCGACAAUAACAAAUGCAUACAAUUACCAACGUCCAUAGAAAAUCUUAUCGAGUUGGUGGUCGAAAACGGUGAUGCAUAUGAAGAAACAUUGCGUGGCCAUAAAAAUCAAUUGCAUCCAGCUUUGUGGUUCCUCAACGAUAAGUCCUGCGAACAAUACCACCACUAUCGACAGGAAAUAAUCGAUCGGCGACAGGAGAAACUCAAAGAACAACAACAAAAGGAAUAUGAAGAAAUGAAACAAGAGAAAAUGUCCAAUGCAUCAGGCGGCGGCGGUGCUGGUGGUGGUGGUGGCUACAAACAACGUCGUCCCUUCUGUUCCAUGGAAGAAGAUAAAUAUGAUCCGGAAUCGGUAAUCAGUGCCGACAAUGAUUCCGAUGAUGAAUAUCGUCGUGGUAUGAUGGAUCGUAAUCGUGAUAAUAUAAAGCGACGCAUUGAAUGUCGCAAUGAGUUGAGCGAAGAGGAACGACAGGAGCGCGAAGCUGAAGAGCUGGAAGAACAACGUCGUCUGGAAAAGAAAAAGUUGCGCAAAAGCCGCUGGGGUGGAAAAGUUGAAAUGGCCGAUGCAGCCAGUUCGUCGUCGUCAAGUGUACCCACAAAUUUUGGUAAUCAAAAUAAACCCCUGCUCUCGACUAUAACCCGCAACGAUCCGGCCCUGCUACAAUAUGCCAAAAUGAAUUAUGGAUCGACAAAUCUAAGCGAAGAAGAUUGGGUUAAAUGCGAAGAGCAUUACAAAGUUAACCUGCUGUAUCAGGAUAUGAUGCGUAAACGGCAGGAAAUUGAUCGUUUGGCUAAAUCGGGUAAAUUCAAAUAUGAAUAUGAUUCGGAUGAAGAUACCGAAGGUGGAACGUGGGAGCAUAAAUUGAGACAAGCUGAAAUGGAUGCCACGCGGAUGUGGACCCAGGCACUGACCAAGCAAAGUGAGGGUAAACAUCACAUUGGUGACUUUUUGCCGCCGGAAGAGUUGCGCAAAUUCAUGGAACAAUACGAGGCCAAGAAGAGUAAUCGUCAACCGGAUUUAAGUGAUUACAAGGAAUAUAAACUGCGUGAGGAUAAUAUUGGUUUUCAAAUGCUACAGAAGCUGGGCUGGAAGGAGGGCCAGGGUUUGGGUCAGGAUGGUGCCGGCAUUGUGGAUCCUGUUAAUAAGGGACCCCAACGUGAGGGCAAUCAGGGAUUGGGUGUCUCUAGCAGUGCCACACCCGAGGACUGUGACAAUGAAUAUGAUGCCUAUCGCAAGCGCAUGAUGUUGGCAUAUCGUUUUAGACCCAAUCCUUUGAACAAUCCCCGCCGGGCCUAUUAUUAAAUAUAUAUUCAAGAUAUUUUCAACCUGGACAAUUGUGUUAUUUUCACUGUAUCAAAAACAUAAACUAAGAAAGCCAGAUUUCUUUGAAGAACAACUACAAAAUAAAUACUAUAACUACCUAUAUUGUAUAUCAUCGAAUUCAACAAAUUAAUUAUUAAAAAAAAAAAAAAAUAAAUAAAUAAAACAAAAUUGUAUUUGUUUAGAAAAUAA